ACACCAGCACUAGCAGAGAGAGCAGCAGCGGCAGCAGCAGCAGACAUGUGUUAUUUAUCGCUCAGUCGGAGGAGGAUCGAAGCGUAAAAAAGGACUCUCACCGCGUGUCCCUCGAUUCUUCUUCGUCUUCUUCCUCCUCCUCGUAAGUGUUUGAAGAGUGGAAUGGCGAGUCCGCCGAGCGACGCCGGCCCCCCACUCCCGGCCGCCGGCGUGAAGAAGUGCGGCUACCUACGGAAGCAUAAACACGGACACAAACGAUUCUUCGUGCUCCGGGAGCCCGGCGAGGGCUGCCCUGCCCGGCUGGAGUACUACGAGAGCGAGAAGAAAUGGAGGAAUAAGUCCGCCGCCAAGAGGGUCAUCCCGCUGGACUGCUGCCUGAACGUCAACAAGCGAGCGGACGCCAAACACAAAUACCUCAUCGCGCUCUACACCAAGGACGAGUACUUUGCCGUGGCCGCUGACAGCGAGGGCGAGCAGGAGGGCUGGUACCGCGGGCUGACGGAUUUAAUCGCGGAGGGGAGAGAGUUCGAUGGCUCGGCGUCCAACUCCGCGUCCUCGCUGGUGGGCUUCGACGAAGCGAGCUACGGGGUGAUCACGCCGGUCAGCGCCGCCUAUAAGGAGGUAUGGCAGGUCAACAUGAAGUCAAAAGGCUUGGGGCAGAGCAGGAAUUUAACUGGGGUCUACAGACUCUGUUUAUCCAGUCGGACUAUAAGUUUUGUCAAGCUCAACACGGAGGUGGCCUCAGUCAUUUUGCAGCUGAUGAACAUCCGGAGGUGCGGCCACUCUGACAGCUUCUUCUUCAUCGAGGUGGGUCGCUCCGCAGCCACCGGACCCGGCGAGCUUUGGAUGCAAGCUGACGAUUCGGUGGUGGCACAGAACAUCCAUGAAACAAUCCUGGAGGCCAUGAAAGCCAUGAAGGAGCUAUCGGAAUUCCGCCCCCGGAGCAAAAGCCAGUCAUCAGGUACCAACCCCAUCUCUGUGCCCACGAGGCGGCAUCUGAACCACCUUCCCCCGAGCCAGACCGGUCUCCUCCGGAGAUCUCGCACCGACAGCAUGGCCACGACCUCGCCUGUGGGGAAAUUUUCUUCCUGUCGGAUACGCACGGCCAGCGAGGGCGACGGCACCAUGACACGCCCUAUGUCGGUGAACGGGAGCCCCCUCAGCCCGGGGGUCCACCGCACCCUCCUGAGCAGGUCUCACACCAUCACGGCACGCCCGUGUCGGACGUUCGAAUCUUCCUCCCUGCAGCACAGUAAGUCCAUGUCUAUGCCUCUGUCUCAUUCUCCGCCAAUGGCCGCCCCCAGCCUCGCGAGCCUCUCCUCGUGUCCAGAUGGAGGCGCGCCGCGUCCCUCCAGCUGCAGUGCCUCUUUUUCGGGCUCCCCGAGUGACGCCGGUUUCAUAUCGUGCGAAGAGUACGGCUCCAGCCCCGCGUACGGUAGCAAUACCCCGGAGUCUCUCCGAGCUGACACCCCCCCUUCCCGGGACGGCAGCAGGCUCGAUGGCUACAUGGUGAUGGAACAACAGAACCAUCGGUGGUUUCCGGAAUUGGACAAGGCUUAUCGGAAACGCACGUACUCCUUGACGACCCCCCGCCAGCAGAGGUGUCUCCCCCAAGUGUCUUCGGCUUCCCUGGACGAGUACACCCUAAUGAGGGCCACUUACACCAGUGGUAGCCAGACUUCUCGCAGGUGCCUCACAGCCUCUCCUAAAGGAACAUUUCCUGACGAGUGCAGGGACGUCCAGGCUGGUUCAAACUGUCCUCAGGGCGACAGUGGUUACAUGCCUAUGAUGCCGGGCGUGGCACAUAACGCAUCAGGAGCCAAAAAUGACCCCUACAUGCCUAUGAGCCCCAUGUGCGUCUCUGCUCCGAAGCAGAUAAUCAACCCCCGAUCUCACCCCUCCUUUGCUGCAGGGCAGGCCCUGCACACUGACUCCCCGGGCAGCAUUUCCCUCGAGGAUAACGGCUACAUGCGCAUGUGGUGCGGAAUCAAAAUGUCAAUGGAGAGCAAUGAUGGAAAACUGACAAAUGGAGAAUACCUGAACAUGUCUCCUGUCGACCAUUUGUUAGCCCUCAUGCCCCGAGAACACAUCCUUACUUCUUCUGGAGGAGAGCAACAACACAGACAGCCUUAUUCAUAUUCUUCACUUAAAGGCCAAUUGCAGCGCAACGGCUCGACUGACACAGACCAAUAUGUGGUGAUGUGUUUACAGAGACAGCGGAUAGAAGAGGAGUCCAACUACUGUCCCGUUUCAACAGGUGACUCUGUGACACCGGGCACCCCCUCAUCUGCCACCCCUCCUCUCAGAGGAGCUCGGAGUGAUGGAGGUCUGGUGCACAGAAGUAGGGCGUGUCGACCCACCCGCCUGGCCCUGGAUUCUCUAAGAACCUUACCAUGUAUGAGUGAACACCCGCUCCCUUCUGAGCCGCGCAGCCCGGGGGAGUAUAUUAACAUUGACUUCAGUGGCGCUUCCAGUGAUGCGGCGGCAUCUGAAGCAUCUGAAGACUUAAAGCGCGCUGACGCGGGUUCACCACCGCUCUCUGAUUAUGUUAAUGUGGACCUUGCCUCCCCUAAAUCUGCGGUUUCCUCCCCUGGAGGAAGUCUGAACCGGAAGGAAGAUGGCAAAGACGCAGAUGGACAGGCAGAGGCGAGCGAGGUGCUGGAUGAAUAUCCUCUCCAGCAUCACUUAACUCUGACGUGUCAGCCUGCCGCAAUCAAGGACGACUACACCGAGAUGACGUUUGGUCCUUUUGGCGCCGACACCAACGCCCCCCUCGCUGCUAGCCCCGCCACGUGUGUCCAGAGACUGAGUCUCGACAGCAGCCUAGUGGCGGACACUGUAACGGCAGCACCGGUGGAUUCUUUUCUCCUCGGGGGACCCUCCCUCAACGUGCCGCUCGCAGAUCCGCACCGGGGUGCCAAAGUCAUCCGCGCUGACCCUCAGGGACGUCGGCGGCACAGCUCCGAGACCUUUUCCUCUACCACCACCGUCACACCCGUGUGCCCGUCCUUCGCCCACGACACCAAGCGCCACAGCUCGGCCUCGGUGGAAAAUGUUUCCCACGGCGCGCGCGGUUCGGAGGGAUCUGAUGAGGACUACGGCGGCAGCGCCCCCAUGUGCAGGGAGACGUCUGCGGGCUAUCAGAACGGACUCAACUACAUUGCCUUAAACUUGAUGGAGGGCACCCUCGGAGGGUGCCGGUUAGGGGGCUGUGACGGACUCCUGAGAUUCAAAAGCGCCUGUGGAUGCAAGGGCGGCAUGAACGGCUUCAACUCCAGCCCUUACGCCAGCCUGGGAUUCAAGGAGACGACCGCCGCCGCUGUGAAAGAAUGAAGGCCACUGGCUCCGCCCCCCUCCUCCUUCCCUGAGCGAUGACGUCACGCGGGCAACAGCUGGACCGCAGGCCGCUGCCCACAUGUCCUUUGACCCUUCACCGCCAUCGCCUCGGCAACAAGGACACUUGACCUUUGGCCCCGAAUCUUCCCUCGGCGCCGUCCGUCGAUGCUGCUGGACUUUAAAACAAACAAGAAAAAAACUCUCAAACCAACUAUUAACGCUUGGUAACUAUUGUAUUUAACUGACGACAUGAGUUAUUGUAUCAUGUCAGAUAUGUAUUAUUUUGGUUAACAUUAUUAACUCAAUGGCUGCCAUUGACGACGAUAGACAUCGUUCAUUCGCUGCCACCCUCCCACUUCAUAUAGAUUAGACAUCUACCAGUGACAAACUCAUUUCAAUAUACAGGUACAACAGAAGGCUGAUUGGACGCCACAUGAUUGGACGUCUAUCAUCGUCAAUGGCACUGAAAGAGUUAACAGAGUUUAAAAAGACACAAACCAAACCUGGAGAUCACAUGCAAAAAAAAUGCUUACAAAAUAUUUAUUUAUUUAACAAGGAUGUAUGCAUUUGGUGACAUGUUUUCCAAAUGUGUGAAUUUCUAUAAAUAAUAAAAGUGGCAUUUAGGUACAUAUUUAAAAAGCUUGUUUAAAAAAACCUACCUCAUCAAAACAAACAAAAAAAUAAUACAGGUUGGUUAACCCCCUAUAGUUGAUAUAAAUAUGAAUGAAAUAUUUAUUUUACAAUUUUUUAAUUUUUCACCAAUCCAAAGCCUUAAUCCCGCCCCUGUUGGGCUGUUUAGUCUGGACCUAGCAACCCUUCACACCAGAACCGAUACGCAAAGAAUGAGCCACUCUGAGAUUUCCACGGUACGUUUACGACAAAACCCCAUACAAAAUAUGUCUAUUUAUUCACCAGUUACGCUUUGUUUAAAAGGAGCGAUGAUGUCAUACUCAAACAUCACAAUGUGACCCGGGUACUGCCUUGGCCCGCUUGAGCCAAAGUUUUAGAACCUCCAAACAGUUGGUACCUGAGCACCUGUUUUCGCUCGCAGGAAAAUAUGACAAAAAAAGAAUGUUUGAAGUUCUUUGUCUUAACUAGGGAUGGGCGUCUUGAUGGACUUUGGUCGAUUGUGACAAAUUAUCGCCUUGCCUAAAAAUAUCUUUUUUUUUUCUUAUAAAAAUUUUUAAAUUUUUAACUUUUUUUGAAUAUUUUUUUCCUAUAAUUUUUACCUUACUUUUUAAGAGAAAACACUUAAUUUCAAUUUUAUUUGGCUUAAUGUUUUUAUUUGAAAAUUAGAAAAAAAUGUUUCCUAAAUAUAUGAUUUUCUUCAGUUGUCCUCGAGUCAAAAUGACCUGUUUUCAGUUAAACCCCCUUUAAAAAAUACCCUAAACGAUACGUUCUAGGGUUAAAUUGUUCACUGGAUGAAAAAAAAUGAAACUUUAGUCAUUGAAAUGAAUGAAAAUGCAUUCAAAACUAGGGAUGUCCCGAUCGCAUAUUUUUGCAUCCGAGUUCGAGUCACCUGAUUUUGCCGAUAACGCAAUCCGAUACCGAAUUUUGAUUGAACAAAAAGUACUGUUUACAGUAUUUCCUCUUCCUUUUUCCGGGAGUAUUAUGGAGAAUAAAAUGUAUAUGGCAGAAAACACUCAGGUGACUUGUAGUUCCGCUCUGAGACCCCCAAUUUGGCCAAAUUUCAAAAUUGUCCUAUAUGCAUGUGAGAUACAUCCUUGGAAUGCUUAAAAUCUCAAAUUAAAGACACCACGAUUUUAACGAGAUGUUAUCGCGUACCUACCUUGUUUCGAUCCAAAAACUGUGUGUAGCGUGUCUCACCGAGUGUCAACACACAGCUGUGAAUGACCACAGCCGGACAUUUUGGGGAUUUUAUGGGUGAGACACAGUAAUAUAUCAAGGGUUGCAAUGCAGAAAUGGCAGACAUCAAGGAGUGGUCGAGAUUUUCUUUUGCAAAUAUUUACCCUUUUAAGCGUUUUUUUUUUUUUUUCCAUUUUCUUUGUUUGGUUUUUUUAUUUAUCUAAAAUAUCGGGGAAAUGGGACAGAAACCAAAAAAAAACAAAAAAAAAACGAUUAAGCGAUAGUUAUGAUGUAGAAAUCCGUGACCUAUUUACAGACUCUAUUUUGUUUCAUUGUGACGUGAUUUGUUUAAAAGUUUAAAAUAUGUGAGUGACAUAGACAUCAAUUAAUAAUUCUAGUGCUGCAACGAUUAAUCGAUUAACUCGAGUAUUCGAUUAGAAAAAAUAUAUUCGAAUAAAUUUUGCUGCUUCGAGUAUUCGUUUACUUAAAGUGGCGUUGUAAUGGUUUGUUUUGAAAGUGUUUGCAUUUAGUUCUAUUGAUUUGGGUGGAUACACUGCCCUCUAGUCUGCCUCGUUUCACAUGGCUGAAUCCAGCUGCCCCCUGUUAAGACCACUAUAAGCUAAGAUUUGGUUUGAGCUAAUGUUUUUUUUUUUUUAAUCCAUUCGGAAAUUAGUUUAAAGAUAUAUUUAGCCGUUUUUUGUUGGAAUAUGUGUUUGAACUAUUUGUUAAGAGCAUUGAAGAAAAAAAAGCGUUGGCAUUUUAUAGCAUUUAAUCUAGUGGACUUUUGUUAUGUAAGUUAGCCAAUUGUUCUUUUGUUGUACAUAUAUCCUCAUUUAUUAUUUUUUUUUUUUAUACCGUUUGAGGCUCAGGUCAGGUAUUUUAAUUUUUUUAUGUUCCUUAUCCAAUUAUCCAACUAAAUCCAAUUAAUCGACUACUAAAAUAAUCGAUAGCUGCAGCCCUAAAUAAUUCAAAGCUAAAAAUGACAGACAUUUUGAAUAAGAAAUAUAAUUAAUUACCUUGGUUUUAUGGCUGGGUUGAAAUAAAAGCGGUUGCGCAGUGUCUGUAAACGGGGGUCUCCAGGGUAAAACAGACAAAUUAAAAAUAGUUCAGGGGCUUAAUGCGCCAUGAAACUGCUAUGGCAGCAUAUAGACAUAUAGUUCUAUCAAACACAACAGUUCUUUUGACUUAAAAUACAGCAGUUUUAUUUCAAAGAGGGGUGCAAGAGCAGAAACUGCUUUUUCAGCCUUGUCUGUUUUCCACCAUAUACAUUUUUGUUUCUUUUGGCAAUGCCAUUGUAUUUCUGGAUAAUUUUGUUACUUUUUAGCCCUUAAAAAAUUAAAAGUAUUCAUUUUAUUAAUAAAAUUAAAAGUAUAAAAAAUGUUUAAAUCAAAAACCCGACCCUUUUCACGCGAUUCCCAUCCUCUGAAAAAUGGCGCGAUCGGCCCCAUUUCUGAUCACGUGAUCGGAUCAGGACAUCCCUGUUCAAAACUUUUUCACAUGUUUAUUUUGUUGUUAAGCUAUUGAAAUACAAGUGAAGGAAAACUCGUAUAUUAAAAUGAAAGAUGAGUUGUUUCUUGAAGCAUUAUGAAAUUUUGUGUUUAAAAUUCAAUUAGGAUGGUUAAUGUGCGAUUGCGGUGCAACAAUUAAUCGACAACUAAUUGAUUAGCAAAUUAAUCGACAACUAUUGUGAUUACCAAUUAAUCAUUUCGGACCUUCUUCAUCUUUAAACUUGUUUAAAUUCUUAAAGUUAUAGCAAAUAUGUAAUUUCUCAGUUGUAAAUAUUAUCUGAUUUCUUCAUUAUAUUUUUGUUAAGUCAAAGUAGGACAUGAACAAAAAUCUUUCACUUUGGAAAACAAUUCACAUUUUUUCCAAUUUUCAGACAUCUUACUGUCUAAACUAGCUUCUCAAUAAGGCUGCAACAACUAAUCGAGUAAAUCGAUUAAUAAAUUAGAUGCUAACAAAUCGGAUAAUCGAUACAGUUGUAGACUACACCUAAGUCAGAAGGCUGUAAUAAAAUAUUAUUUUUGAAGGAAAUAGUCAUCCAAUUUGUCUUGAUUGUUAUUUACAACGUGCCUAAAACAACUUCCAGGUAAAUUGUGAAAUUGAAAAAAGUGACAUUUAUCCGAUUAAUCGUUCAAUGAAUCCAUUAUGAAAAUAAUCGUUAGUUGCAGCCCUAAUGUUAGGGAAGACAGGCCAUUUUGACCCGGAGGGCACUGAGUGUAUACAGAAAAUGAGGACGACUCCAUCAUAUCAGUCCAAUUUUUGACCUCCUAAAAAUUCUGAGAUUUUAGCUGAAAGCAAAAAACGAACCUAAAAAUUUCAAAUCUUAGAUUUUUUUACCCACAAUUUUUUUUAAACAAAUUUUUGGUAUUUUUGUAAUUCUACUCUACUUUUUUAAGAAAAAAAUACUUUUUGAUUUCAAUUUUCCCAAUUUUUUUUUUCUUUCCAAUGAUUUGAUUUUUCCUUUUAAAAUACAGAAAAUGUUUCUCAAAUACGAUUUUAAAUCCAACUCAUUUAUAUCACCAGUUUUGACAAAAAAUGUUUUUUUUUUCUUCACUUUUUCCAAAGCCGAUCAAUAAAAUACCGUCAAAAUGCCCAUCCCUGGUCUUAACUGGACGCCACACAUACACUCACAUACUCACCUGUUGCCUCCUGACGACGCCGAUUGUCUAAUCGGACGCCGUCAAAUUGGGACGCAUGGUCUUGCACUUGCAAACUCGUCUAGAUUGUAACACGGGACGCGUUGAAUGUAGUACACGUCGUGUUCCAAGAUUGGGAACGAUGCGCAAGCAAGCGCCACAGUGACAAUGAGUGAAAGCUAAGACGACAUCUACUACUACUAGUCCACAAGCGUGAUUGCUGUUUUUCUGGAUUCACUGGUACUUCGAGACUGUAUAUAGAGUGACGUUACAACAACAAACAACUUUUAAGUUGGAAAACAUGCUGUUGUUAUUGUACAUAGUUUGUGUUGGAGUGAAACAACAAAAGCACUAAUUAAGUUAUAUGUGAUUUUUUCCCCCCACUUUUUCUUGUUAAAUAAUUUAAUAACAGAUGGGAUAGUAUUGUGAAAGACGAUGCCACAAUUUUUCUAAUGCUGUAACUGCAAAUUUUUCAAAAAACAAAACAAAAAAAACAAAAAAUUCUUACUUGACCUAAAUGAUACUUAGGUACAACUGGCAUAUAUGCAAUAUUUACACUAUUGAAAACGAGUUUACUCACCACCAAAUGUAAAAAUUGUUAUGUUUAUGAAAGCUUAAAAUUCAGAUUUUUUUGUUUGUUGCGGUUUGUACAUGUUUUUUCCUACAAAUUGAGCCCAUUUGAUGUUUUGAGCAGUGUUUUGCAUACAAGUUAUGUAUCUUCAUCAGAAGCAUCGGAAGGUUACUGUAGGGUGGGCCUUGGCUUACUUUGCUGUUUUUCUUUUUUCAUUGUAAAUAUUUCCCAUCUUGCAUAUUAAUGUGAUGCGACUAAGAGAUGAUAAUUUAAAUUUACGUCUUUGCUUUAGAUGGUAUGGAUUCUUUGUAGACACAUGGAAUAAAUAUUGAUAUUAUUUAAGAAA